AUGUGCGCCAAACAUAUAUGGAUUUGCAUCAUAUUAUCCUUUCCACUCGUCUUCUCUCUAAUUGUGAUACUAACCACCCUAGCCUAUGUAGGUGUGAAGCCAAGAUUCUACAUUCAAGAACUCUACAUUCCAUCCCUCAACACUUCAAAUUCUCACACACACAAUUUUUCAAACCCCAACACUUCAAUAAUCAUCGACCUCAAAUUCAAGAGAGAGAUCGCCUACGUUGAAAUCCGCUAUGAAAAAAUCAACGUCACUCUCUUCUACGGCCCCAACCGGAGCUCCGGAGCCAUAGGCAGCACCGUCGUCGCCGGUUUCUUCCAAGGAAGGAAGAAGAAGGCCCGCCGCAGGGCAGUGGUGGAUGCUCGAGGACUGCCGUGGGAGGAGGCCUUUGAGAGGGUUUCGGGCGGGUCGACAGUGGAGGUGGCAGUGGAGGUGUCUACAGGAUAUAGGCUGCGGCGGUGCAAUGAGGACGAUUGCUAUUAUACGGGUAUAAAGGCGGUGGUGGUGGCGGCGGAUUUGGUGGUGGAUGGCUCCGGUGUGGAGGUUUCUAAGAAGGCUACAAGACUCAAGAAAGUAAUGGUUUGA